UGGCUAGUGUUGGUGGUUCAGAAGUAGUAUAAAUAAGUAGAAAAUAGAUCUAUGACUUAUUAGCAAUUGAGUUUUGCAACAUGAAGGCCAAUACUCUGUGUUUUGUGUUCAUUUGGUGCGUCGUUCAGGUAACGUCCUCGGAGUUUCCCGAUGAACUAAUAGAGGACUACAUGCGCGAGUGCAUGGACGAAUUAAAGCUCGAUAAAUCUGUUUUAUCCAAAAUGUUCGAUGAAAAAUUCAGGAUGGUCCAUGUGGACGAAGAUGGAAAGAAGCUGCUAGAGUGUGGAAUUAAAAAGGGUGAUCUUAUUUCUGCCGAUGGUAAGAUGAACAAGAUAAUGCUUAUGAAGGACAUUAUCAAUACUAUCCGUCUCCUGGGGAAAGGCGAUUCUGAGAAGAUGGCCGAGGAAGUUUACAAAAAGUGUGAUGAAGGGAAUGCGGACGACGAUCACAUCGAGCGGAUUAGACACUGGAGUAAUUGCGUUCUUGACGAAAUAGAUAAGAUGUAAGCGUUUCUGUAGAAUAAUGCAUUACCUAGUAACAAUACUGCUAGAGGCUUUGUUUAUGAAGUAAUAAUUUUAUCUGUUUGAUAGUGACAAGUGUGUAGAAUACGUUGAAUCAAUAAAAAGUUUAAUUUGUCA